GUAUUUAAAGAACUAAUUCAGCCUCCUGUGUAUCACUCACAUCCAUCAUGGAGAAAUCGCGCUGUAUUCAGCAGCUUUGGGCUCACGCAAGCAUUUUACUCGCUGUUCUUGCCGGCUCUUUCGCGCAGAAAACGGCUGUCAAGAAUUUCGUUUCAGCUUCAGCCAAAUGCCAAGUGUAUGAGAGGGUUCCAUGUGGCGAUCCUGCUUUUGGCCAGGCUGCUUGUGAAGCCAUAAACUGCUGCUUUGAUGGCCAGCAGUGUUACUAUGGGAAUGCAGUGACUGUGCAGUGCACAAGGGAUGGUCAGUUUGUGGUUGUGGUGGCCAAGGAUUCCACUGUGCCCCAGCUGGAUGUGGCCAGUGUCUCCCUGCUGGGUGGAAAUGCUGCCCCUUGCCUCCCUGUUGCCACUACAAAUGCCUUUGCCAUCUACACCUUCCCUGUGACUGCCUGUGGCACUGUGGUCAAGGUGGAUGGUGACUAUGUAGUGUAUGAGAACAGGAUGACGUCUUCAUAUGAAGUUGGUGUGGGCCCCCUGGGAUCCAUCACAAGGGACUCCCUCUACGAGCUCCUCUUCCAGUGUAGGUAUUGGGGUGCUGAGGUUGCUUCCCUGGUGGCCGCUGUGAAUACAGUUCCACCACCUCUGCCAGUAGCUGCUCCAGGGCCUCUGCGGGUGGAGCUGAGGCUGGCAAAUGGCCAGUGUUACACUAAAGGGUGUGAUGAAGGAGCUGCUGCAUAUACCUCCUACUACCAGGACAGCGACUACCCUGUGACCAAGGUGUUGCGGCAGCCUGUAUAUGUUGAGGUUCGCAUCCUGAAUAGGACGGACCCCAACCUUGUCCUGGUUCUGGAGAACUGCUGGGCAACACCUGGCCUUGACCCUCUGAGCCUGCCUCAGUGGAACCUCCUGGUUGACAGGUGCCCCUACCAAGGUGACAAGUACCAGACCACCUUGGUUCCUGUGGAUGCUUCCUCUGGGCUUCCCUUCCCAACCCACUACAAGCGCUUCAUUGUGAAGAUGUUCGCAUUUGUGGACCCAGCCUCCCAGCGACGUUAUCAGGGGAAGGGGUUCAUCCACUGCAGUGUAGCUGUGUGCCGCCCAUCGGCCACUGACAGCUGUGAGCAGAGGUGCUUCAGGAAAGGUAGGGAUGUUGCUGCUGCACACAAGAGCUCCUCCCCUGACACGGCUGUGGUGUCCAGUGGGGAAAUGCAUCUGGUGGCCCCCAGAGUCGGACACAUGGCUGGCCGGUGGUGAUGGAAAGCUGCUCCUAGUGGGUGAAUGUGUUCUCACAGCUGCUGUGGGCUUGUGCCUUAAUAAAAGGUGCUGACUUUA